AUGGCACAUGAAUUUUAUUGUCAUACUGAAUUGAUCGAUUCAAUCAUUGAAAACAACGAGUUUAACGAAUAUGUUAUGAUUACAAAAAUGAGUUACAAUCAAAAUGAUAAGAGUGAAUAUUAUCAUCAUCAGAACGAGUUCUUACAACGCUUGUGUCAUCAUUCACUGAUGUCAUCGUCUUUCGAACCACCAAAAAAUGCGAUUUAUAUUAUUCUUGGUGAAAUUCAAGCAAUAACAUCGUCAAAAAAGAAUAAUGCUCGAUGGUCAGUGGCACACUCGUAUGAAGAAUCCCCAGAGAUUAAUUCAUUUCAAAAACUGAAAGCUAUUCUGAAUUCUGCUUCUGAUAUUCAAGAUAUUGAUUCGUUAACUUUUUUAACACCGUUUCUUGAUAUAAUUCGUUCUGACGAAACAUCUGGCCCAAUAACUUGUUUGGCAUUAAAUGCUGUCAAUAAAUUUCUUUCAUAUGGGCUGAUUGAUACUUUAGAUCAAUCAGCAGCAUCCACUAUUGAUAAAGUUGCCAAUGCUGUAACGCAUACACGGUUCGUUGGAACGAAUCCAAAUGACGAUGAAGUGGUUUUAAUGAGAAUUUUACAAGUUCUUCGUUCUUUAUUAUUAAGCCCCAUCGGAUCACAAAUGACUAAUGAUAGUGUAUGUGAAAUUUUGCAAUCUUGCUUUCGUAUUUGUUUCGAAACAAGAUUAUCUGAAUUAUUACGUAAAACAUCUGAACAUGUUUUAAUUGAUAUGGUGCAACUAUUGUUUGCUCGAUUACCACAAUUUAAAGAUGAUACAACAUCUGAAUCAUCAACAAAACGCGUUAAAGAUCUUUCUGCAAAAGAUAUUACGACAAAUAAUCCGCACCGAACUCAACAGUUACCAGGCAACGAACAACAGACAAAUAAAUCAACUUCUUCUACGAACGAGACAAAUUUAACAUAUUCAUCAGAAAUCAACGAUAAUAAUCGUCCAACAGCAAUUGAUAGUGCUACAAAUGCUAUACCACCGACGAAUACUGCUACAAUGAAUGAUGACAAUGAAGCUGGUUUAAUUAAUGAUACUACUUCUCAAACCAUAUUGCCAAUAAUUGUUCCAUCAUUCGAAGAAUCAUCAUCAUCAAAUAUUCUUCAAACUCAUCAAACAUCAACAACAGUUCAAGAAGAAAAACAAUCUCAUGAAUCAAUAGUAACACAAACAUCAUCAAACAAUAAUGAAUAUAUUAAUCCACGUGGUAUUCGUUUUACAACUGCAUCACCAACAAAUGUACCUGCUAAAGGCAAAUAUAGUUAA